UGCACUCUGUGUGAGUAUGAAGGCGGGGAGGAGUUGUGCUUGCCUGGGCUGAUUAGCAACAAACAGAAGGUUGCGAGUUUAAAAUGUGGAUUAUUUGACCUCCACGGUGGACUUUGUUGUCACUACAGCGGUCGUUGGAGGCGGCGAUGGUGAGCUGAUAGCUGCGUCAUCAUGUUGCUUCCGACUCGAGUUGACCGAAAGAAAUCUCAAGUUAACGAAGCCGCCUGCAGUCAUCCAGCUCCCUGGGCCACUCCCGACCACCGGAGGACGAGGCUGCCGAAGGGAGCUUGCUAAUAUCUACGGCUGACUUUUACAUCACUUGGCGCGAUUCCUUCCUGCCUGCUUGCCUGCUUCCAUUUAUUAUCUCCACUCAGUCCAAAACAUGUCCGUCGGAGUGGCCUUAAGCAGUUAAAAAGCCACAAAAAACAACCAACUGUAGUCAUAUAAAUAUUUGUUUUUGACGAGAGUGUUAUGAUAAGUGAUGCCCUCGAUGACAGCUUGGCGACUAAUCAGGAGCCUGAUUGGCACUUUCGCCACUGACCUUUUUAAAUUAAUUUAAACUAGAUAUCCAUCUAGAAAAACAAUUUAGCAUAUCAAGCAUACCAGGGUGUUACAGUGAGUUUUUUUUGGAUAGUUCCCCCCCUCAGCCAGCCUCAGCAGGUCAAAGUUCCGUCCUAUCAGGGUACAAAAGGCACCGACUAUGGCCGUGAAGGCGACGACUUGUCCCCCCAACCCUUGGUCGGGUGAAACGUCCGCAAACUUCGAGUGGAUCGACGGGUUGCUCUACCGAAAGAAGCUCGAAAGAGGCUACAUCAACUACCGGGAGGUUUUAGAUGAGGACCGGAGACUUGAGGUCAUCUCCGUGUUCCACCGGCGACGGCGUGACCAGCGUCACCUCUCCCUGGAGGAGACCUACAAAAGUGUGGCAGAGAACUACUGGUGGGACGGGAUGUACUUCCACAUCCGAGAUUUUGUCCUGGGCUGUCCCGAGUGUAAGAUCCAACAGAGAAAGAAGACUGAGGGGCUCCGUGACAGAGGAUGCGUCACAAAGACGAUGGCGUCGCACUGCUCUGAUGUGCUCAGCAAGCUGAAGUGUCAGAGGGAGGCGGGGAUGUUCUGUGAUAUCACUCUGCGCACUAACGGGCAAGCCUACGCCGCACACCGAGCCGUGCUGGCCGCCGUCAGCGAUCACUUCCAAGAAAUCUUUACAGAGAUGGACUCCAGCAUGAAAGGAGACGUAGAUCUCACUGGCUUCAGGGAGGACAGCCUUUUGUCUCUGCUGGAUUUCUCCUACUCCUCCACCCUGUGUGUUCGCUGGGAGGACCUCCCCGAAGUCAUCACCAUGGCCCGCCAUCUUGGCAUGUGGCCCGCCGUGGAAGCCUGCUCUGCUCUCAUGAAGGAGCAGGAACACGUCGUUCAUCCUAGCCGGGACUUAACGUUAAGCUACGGCGGCAUUUGCGGUUUGCGUCACCGCCAGCAGACGGAAGCCAAAAGGAAAAGGGUUUUAGAUUUAGAGGAGAACAUUAACGAUGGCUUCAAACUGACGUUGGAUACAUCAGACGAGUCCACCGAGUGGAGUCCCAAUUUGCGUAGAGGGCAGAAUCUGAGAGGUCACAACGGUCUCCCCGUGAGUCCCUCACACAGGAUGAAGCUCAUGGACUUUAAAACUCCCUCGUCCAAGAAGCCCACUGCGUCCAGGACCACGGUUACCACCCCACAGUCGAAGGAUUACUCCUCCAUGUCGCCAUCAAGCACGCGUCUUCUCCGUUCAAGUCCCGGUGCUGCUCAGAAGGUUCAAAGAUUGCUGUCCAUGUCGGAGAGCCCUCAACGCAACAGGAAGACUCACUCCAUCCAACAGAUGUCGGGUACAGCCAGAUCCAGGUCCAGUCCAGUUUGCAGCCCAGUCAGGGUGAAGCAGGAAGAGGAGGAGGUGGCGGUGGAUGAGGAGGAUUAUGCCCGAGAGCAAGAGAAGUACAAGCUGAUGAAUGUUCUCGGCCUGCAGAGGACCGCCCUCCUGCCCAGACCGGAAGAUCUGAUUGGUUGGCGGCAGAAGAAACGACUCAGGAAGCUUAAAGCCAACAACUACUCACUGACCAAGAGGCGAAAACCCCGCUGCACCGUACCGGCGAUACCUUUUGGACCCGUGACACUGGCGCUACCCCUCUGUGCCCCCGUCAACAGUCUGCUCCUCAACAAGGCGGGGAAGACCAAGUCUGGAGCUCCACACAUAGUAGAAGGAAUUACCAAGAGGCAAAAGCCGAAUAAACAAAUACCUCCCAGCGACCGGAGAAUGCGGAGUCAAGGCGCUUUACCAGAUCUGUUCCAACCCGGCUUCAGGGGGCGGGAACUCAGGCGGUCCGUGAGGAGCAGCGGAAGUGUCCAUCCUCCUGUUCAGCACUCCCUGCGGCUUAACUCCAAAAAGAUUUCAGUCAGGAUCAAAUCAGAACCCUCUGAAUACUCAAUCUCAGGUCUCUCUCCCGUAUCAAACCAUCACCGCAGAGCCGCACCUUCUCAGACCACAGCGGCCAGGAAGAUCACAGUCGAGCCCGUCAAGACGCCGCGCUACAACAGCAGCCGCAUGGUGACAAAAGCCAAGCCCAGGCGGGGCAGCGCAAGAGAAGCGGAGAAGCCGAGGGGCGCUUCCAGGAAGGCCCCGAGGGAGGACACGGGCACCGGGAGAACCGUCAAUGAUAAUGAACCCGGUGGGUUCCAGUUCUCAGAGCCCUCUUCCACGCCGUCCAUCUACAACCACCCUCUGUAUAAAGUCAUCAAAGAGGAGCCAACGGAUCCCGUUCCGGUUGGUGGACCUUUCCCGGAUCCUCCCUCUCCGGACCUGGGCAAGCGCCAGAGCAAACCCCCCAUCAAACUACUGGAUUCUGGCUUCCUGUUCAGCUUCUGCAGGCCGGCAGGAGCCCCCAUGGUGGGGAUCAAGAAGGAGGAGGAGAGUGUGGACAUCUGUCUGACGCGCUCCGUGUCGCAAGUCGGUGAGAAGUUUGGAGCCAACCACAGGGCGCUGAGAGCCAGAGGACCACCCCCUGCCUUGGCGGUGGUGAAGAGGGAGCGGGAGGAGAGGGGCGAGAGACCAAGCAGAGUCCAGAGACCCGGGUCCAGCUCCAGAAAUAACAGUGUACCUCUGGCCAGUUCCAGGGGGGCGAAGGCUACACUGAUCGUACCAAAGCAAGAGCCUAACCCCCUCCCUGUGAGCAGCAGGGGCUGUGUCGUGAUCGACUCCGUUCGGGCCAGGGCCAGGCUAAAGCAGCUGAGGGGGCCACGCAGCCAAGCCCCAAAAGUCCCAAAGGCGGCCCACGCCUGCCUGCAGUGCGCCGCCUCCUACAGGGACUGUGACGCUCUCAUCAUGCAUCGCCUCAGGCACGUCGAGGGCAAGCACUGGCCGUGUCCGCUUUGCAGUAAGACCUUCUUUCGACUCAGGAAUGUACGGAACCACAUCCGCACCCACGACCCCAAGUUGUACAAAUGCAGGAGCUGCAUUAUCGCGGGUUCCUGAGGGGGCGCGGUCGGCAACCCUGCCUGGAAAAGCACCAAAUAUCAGACACCGACAUGACCAAGCAGGGGAAGAGGAAGUCACCCGAUGGAUCCGAAGCGUGUACAUAAACGGAUCCGUCAUUAACACAAGCACAACGGUCUGUAAAGGAGGCGUGACCGCUCUUUGAUUUCUAAUCUAAUGGUAGCUGGCUGUCACCGUGAUAUUUAAAUAACCAAACCAAGGCUGCUGUGUCCGUUUCCCAAAAAACAAGAGGUUCAUCCUUGAACGUUACACUCAGGGGGUGGGGAAUGUGACGCCACCUUGAUUCCUCACACUCGCACUCACACACACACACACACACAAAUACACACUAACUACACUUGUGUAUAACAAUGGAAAAACGUGAUUGUUUUAUCUAUUAUAGCGUAACAUAUUUGUCAUCAGUCCUAUAUGUAUAUAGAAUUUGGAGUGCACUUAUAUCUUAAGCUUAUGUUGUAAACCUAAGAGCUAGUGAUAAAAGAUUGGGGGGGGGGCACGGAGUAGACAUCCACGGCGGGAAUACUUGAAGUGAAACAGGCGUCUGAAGGGAAUACUUGAAGCCGAUGGCGAGGGUUUAAGACGAUCCUUCGGGUGUUUCGUUGGGUCUUUUGUCCGUUUUAGGUGUGCUUAACUUCUUAAUGACUUCAGUCGUCUCCGCCUCCGCCUUCCCCGCGUUAUGAUCCACUCAUAAUCCAUGCAUUGGGACUGUUGACAACACUGCAUGUGUAUCCGUUUUUUGCAACGUGACUGCGUCCUGAAUUUUAUUUUUAGGAAUCGUAUCCAUCCCUUCCACCACCUUUUAAGCCGUUUUACUUAGAAUAUGCCUCCUAAUGGAUAAAUGCAACGUGUGCACAUAUAAAAAGAUGGUUAUGAUUCACAAAUUGAUUAAUUUUUCAAAGAUUUCGCUGUCUGUAUUCAGCAGACUGAAUGAAUAGAUUUUUGACUUUUAUAAUAAUGUUGCUUUAAUGACCUUAUUGCUUUUUUUUGUAUACUUGGCGUGUACUGUCUUCUAUUGUGGGAGACAGAUUUAUAUUUGACAGAUAUUUAACGGGGUUCUGUUCAAAUGCACAUAAAUUUAGACGACAAGAGUAUUUAUGUAAAAUGCUGAGACAGUCUUGUGGUUUGGACUCGUCACAAUUAGCCAACAUGUUAUUGUCUUGGACGUUUUGGAAAUAGAACAAUUUAAAAAUGCAUUGCUGUGCUUCUGUGGCCGGGUCUGGGGAUGUUUGAAUUUUAUCAAUAAAUCUACAUAAAUAUAUAACAUCAAGUGUAUUUAAAAAAAAUCCCAUGUUCAUUAUUGUUCUUGUGGUGUAUAACUGCUUUAUAUUUCUAAUAUUUUGUCCCUUAUACACCUGAGAUACUUUUAAUAUGCUGGAGAACCAUCCAAUCUACCCACAUUACCUGUAGUGGACACAAGAGGGCAGUAUCGGACAAAGGUGGUUGCUUAAAUAUAACGCUGCAAAAUGGUUCCAACCAUAUCCAGCAAAACCCCCCACCCUCCAGUCCAGUGAGGUAGUGAUCAGGAUGUCACCAUAGUAACAUUUCAUUGAAAGUAUGUGCUAAGGAUGAGGACACUACAGCAAAUGUUAUGAAAUGCGGCCACAUAACUGGAAGGUCGUAGCUCUUAUUCAAUCUGUUAGUAGCCCCUGUAGCAUAUACUCUGGUAUUCAUUCAUCUUUCAUAGCGUUCAUACGGUUUUGAUUGAUGGUAGUAUUGACAGAAAUAAAAAUGAAAGCAUCCCUAAUAGCUGAUGGUUGUUAUGUAAUUACCCCAUAAGGGAGCCUAGGGACGUUUUGUGCCAUUUUGGCUAUGUUUAAUGAAUGUAGGUGGAAUUUAUUAAGGGUUUUCAUUCAAAAAAUGUUUUUUAAUUUUAUGUUUUCCUCAAAUUAUGACAACAAGAGCUUAAAAAAAAAGCCACACACUUGCACAAAAUAUCCCAUUGAAAACCAAGUAAUGAAAUCCUUUAACAUUUCAAUUUAGGCCGCAGACUUUUUCAUAUCUUUCCACCAGAUGGCGCUACUUUUUCCCCAUUCCAAGCUUGGGGGUGGGGGCUUGUGUGUAUGUAAACAAAAUAGUUUCAUUUAUUCAUUCAU